UGAGAAUUUGACAGAAGCAGCCGAACGUUUGCGAUGAAACCGGAGAGGAUUUUGUGUUGAACUUCUGGUGACAAGAAAGACACAAAAAAACGCGCGCGUUUUAAAUUCCAGGCACGUGCAGGCCCCCUCGGAAUUUCAAGUGCCCUUCCUUAUCAUGAGACUUUGACGAAGACUUCGAAAACAACUUCCGUUUUUCGCUAGCGAGAAGUCCAGCGGUGCCCAGCGGCAUGAUUCGCGACAUUCGUCGGGCGGUGAAGGCGCUCUCCCCCGCCGGCAUCGGGCGGCAUUCCGAGCUAGUGGACCUGCUCUACGCCCAGAAGGAGACACACGAAGCUCUCUGUAAAUACAUCACAGCCAGUAACAACGAGUCCCAACUUCUCCUAAAGUUCUCCAAGUGUCAGGAUGACUUCACGAUACGUGAGGUGUCUGUCAGGCAGGCUGAGAUCCACUGGUUAGCCGACAAGAUAGCAACGGAGUAUGCUGAUCAGUACCUACAGUACAGGAAGGCCUUUAAGGAGGUGCUGGCUGAACAGAAACUGCUGGAUGACAUCCAGAAAGUGAAGGAAACAUGUGAGGCGAAGGUACUGAAACUCAGGAAGCAGACAGAGCACAGCAAGAAGAGAAGUGAUGCAGCCAGGCUGGAGGCCAUGCAGGCUGAGGUGGCUAUGGCCGUAUCAGCAGCUGAGGAAUCCCAGACAAAGUACCAGAUUGCCAAGACCAAGUUUGAAGUUUACAAGGCUGGGAAGGUAAAGGCAGCCCUGCUGACGCUGGCAGACAGCAUGCAGCUGUACCACCAGAGAUGCGGUAACCUAGCAACCACACAGCAGGCGCUGGCAGACUUCAUCCCAGAUGUACCCACGCCCAUGACGCCGGAGGACAUGAAGAGCAUGGAUGAUGAAGGAGUCCAACUUGUCAGAGACGUGGCAGAGAAACUCAACAUGCAGAACCCUCCUAAGGAGGGAGGGCAGGAGGAAGGAAUGACGCUCCACACCUACCGACCCCUCACCUACCAACCCUCCCUCCCCUCCACACACAUGGUACACCCCACCUCUCCACAGGCACCCACAGGGCACGUGCAGGAUGGUACCACUCCUGCUGAUGGAAUGGGGGAGGACAGGGCUAGCCCCAAGGUCAGCAUUAGAAAAAAUCCUUUUGAUGAAGAAGAGGUUCCACCCACUGCUCCAGACGUUGAAGACAGUGGCCCACCUUCACCCUCUCCUCCAAACUCAACCCCAAGCUUACAACCUGAAGGAGCGACAACCGCCAAGACUACCCCAAGUCGUCCCCCUCCCCCUUCUCAUCCCCCAGCUCACACAAGAGAUGCCUCGCCCUCGACCAGAGAUGACCUGGCAAGUUCGCCGUCAGAAGCCCCGCAGAGAAAACUGACCAGGAAGCAGUCAGGGAAGGCUCCUCCCCCCGCCAGGCCACCCCCGCCAAAAGCUGCAACUCUACCCAACAGGCCGCCUGCUCCACUGCCGAGACCAGAUCUUACAGCCUCACAUGCAGAUGACAGUCUGGACUACAGUGAACCCUACGUGGACCCAGACGGCUACAUAGAUCUCAACGCCAUCGUCACUCCAAAGCCUGAACCCCAACAGCAAGCUCAGCAACCCGACGAUAUUCCCCAGCAACCUCCCGACGUUGCCAUGCCGACAACAGAGGUUGCCCAGCAGCCGUCAGAAGAUUCUAACGCAGCUGAAGUCGGCGCAGAAUCUUCAGAAGCUGCCAAGCAGCCGACCAAGCCGAGCCGGCCGCCCCAUGGCUCGCUGGCCAGACAGUUGUCGGAUGCCCUGAUGAGGAGACAGGCAUCGGGUGAGUCUGUGGGGGAGGAGUCAGCCUUAGAGAGGAGCACUUCAGUCACCUCCGAUCACAGUUAUGUGGAGAUUGUGGAUGGAGCACCACAGGAGGAAAUUCAACAUAAUGGUGAUGGUGAUAGCAUCCAGCUGACACAAGAGGAUCCUUCAAACCAGCCGCUGCAAGAUGCACCAUCCAAGGAAACCGAAGACCAAGACAGUGGAGGGAUCACCUUUACUGUAGCCGGCAGUGGAGACACCACAGAAGACCAGGAUACGGCCGGUGUGGUGCAGGAGAAGUGUGGAGAGGAUGGGAGCAGGAGGAAGGGCCUUGAUACGGACAAGUCAACCAGUGCAAACGGGAAAGAGGACGCUGAGGUCAAUGUUGCAAAGAGUGGGGAACUGCUGCAAACAGGAACAGAUGCUACAGAAGCCUAGUGCAUCACAGCACAGGUGUUGAUUUUUUUUUUUCAUUUCAGGGGUUGACCAUGACAUUAGCUUGACUGGAAUAAUGCCCCCUAACAUUUAGUUUGAAAAUCAAAAAUGUGGCAAUAUCAUGUUUUGUGCCAUUAACAAAUUAG